AAAAUGUUGAAAAUCUCUCAACAUUAUUAUAUUAUACUUUUAAUUUCCAUUAACGGAGAUGGAUGGAACUAAACUGCAUCUAUUCUGCAUUUAAUUUCCCAUAUCAUGGCUAUUUUCACAAGAUGGUUUCAUUUAUUGGACAAGUUGCCAUCCUUGAAUGUGUCGAAUGAAAUACUUAUAUGAAGUAUAUCUUUAUUAUUCAUUUCAAAUUACAUUGUAGCAACUAACAACCCAUAACCAUUUAUCUAAAUGAUACUACUAGAUAGUAGCAGCUGACGGUCACAAGGCAAGGGGUCUCAUAAGUAUGCUCCUCAUUUUGUUAACUAACGUUCAACUUUUGUGGAGGUAACACUAGAAGGUAUUUUCCCUGCAACUUUAGCUAGUUUUUCUUUGGUAAAAGGCUAAGGUAGAGGAGGUAUCCCCUGCUUUUCUAGCCUGUUUUCUGAAGUUUGAUUAGAACUUUUUAUCCUUCUAGCACUAUGUCCAUUUCAUAGUAAUACUUUGGUUAAAAGCUGCAGGCCAUUGGGUUGCGCCCCUGUUCAAGAAUGGGGAAGUGCAUCGCUAGCUUGGCUCCUUGCACCCCUAUUCUCUUUGGUGUACAUACUGGACAAGGAACGCGCCACCUGCUUGAUUUGUGCUGCCAAAAAAGAAAAUAUGCUGGUGGUGGGAUUGAAUGGAGAGGAGUCUCAUCCAUACUCAAACCAAAAAGGGGUCAGAAGGAGAAGGCUGAUGACAUGGUUAGUAUUGAUUUCUGAAAAUGGCAAAUGGUUGAGAAUAAAGAUAACACAAUCAACACCACCAUUAUCCUUUCCACACAUUCUUGAAAAUAAUGAAUAUUCUCCAUUACUUUGGUCAUUGCUGCAGUAAUUUCAAUUCAAACCAUCCACCCAUAUGCUUCAAUAUUCUUUCCGAUUCAAAAUGUUCGAUUAUUCUUGGAAGAAAUUGCAUCUAGUUUGGGUUGUACAGUAACUUGCAAGUAAUGUGUUUCAGGCACCGCUAACCAAGCAGAGAAAGAUUAAUAUUCUAUUUCUAGGAGAACCGAGAACGGUGCUUUCUCGAAAGGGAUAAGCCUAGAGAUUGUCUGCAUUCUUCCUUCAUUGCCGACAGCAGCCAGUUGUCAGGAUUCUCGAAGCAAAGAUUGGUACCACAUGAUUAAAGACUGAUCGGCCUUUUCUCUUAACCACUUCCAAACAUAAUCGAGGAAUAACAAGAAAUUCGCAUCAUCAUCCAAUAAUAUCACUUUCUGUUGUGUACAGAAUGUUAUAGAUUUUAAUUUAUAUAUAUAUAUAUAUAUAUAUCAUGCGUUUUUUGUUUUUCAAGAAAGAAUAUUUGCAUUU